AUGAACCACAAACAUUUUCAUUCUUAUGUUCAAUCUAAUUAUAACUUUAAUUAUCAUUCUAAUUAUAAUUUUAAUUAUUACUUUAAUUAUCACUUUAAUUAUUACUUUAAUUAUCACUUUAAUUAUUACUUUAAUUAUCACUUUAAUUUUACAUCGCCCCUUGAUGACCUGAACACCUUUUCUGUCUUACUAAACUAUUCAUGCACCGAAAAGUAA